UCUACACCUCCUUUACAGAAAAGAAAAGAACCAAAUUCAUCCAGUCAUACUAAAAUAACCUACAAUAAACUAAUUCUAACCAUGUGCGACGUUCCUUUCUUCCCGAUCUUCCCCAUCUGUUUCCAAUGCGGCACGGACCAGAAUCCCUGUCGCUGUAAAGUCCUCGGUCCGACAUUAGGGUUCUGUGUGACGAUUGUUGCAGCGAUUGUUUGUUAUCCUGCGUCCAUCUUUUGUGGCUGUUGUUUGACUCAGACGGGCAAGGAUAUGCUGGGGUAUCCGGUCACGUUGAAUCAGAAGGUCAAUGAGGUUAUACCGAUUUAAUAGGGGCUGAAUGUAUGAUAUAAAUUUAAUGACUUAAUGGGGCGCAACUCCUGUAUGAUAAAUGGCAAAUC